AUGCUUGAGAAUUUCAUCGGGGCCUCACCUCCGAAGACGCGGAGCAUCACUCAAAAAUAUGAAACUUGCAAACUCCUGUUGGUGUGCUUUUUGCUUUUGGUUGCAGCAGCUGCUCUCCUCCAUGCUAAAUUAUUAGUUCAAGACGAUGAUUCUUCUCCUGCUUUGAAUUUAGAUAUCAUCAGACACAUUCGUAGAAAACGUACUACUUGGGAAUCCGGAAUCAAUAAGAGAUUUGUCGGUAAAACUAUUGGUGAUGUCAAAAAGAUGUUGGGUCUCAAAGGCUUGAAGCCAACCAUCCGUUACUCGGAAGAUGAAAUGGCUCUCGUCAACCAAUACUAUGCUGCCAAGCAAGGACAAGCAUCAGCACUCCCAGAUAAUUUUGAUGCUCGUCAACAAUGGCCAACCUGUAUUCAUCCAAUUCGUAAUCAACAACAAUGUGGAUCUUGUUGGGCUUUUUCUGCCUCUGAGGUAUUGUCAGAUCGAUUCUGUAUUGCUACAUUGAAUCAACCAAAAAAGGUGAAUGUUGUCUUGUCACCACAAGAUUUGGUUUCUUGCAAUUGGUACAACAAUGGAUGUGACGGAGGAAUUUUGUGGCUUGCUUGGAUGUACCUCGAACAUACUGGUAUUGUUCCUGAUUCAUGCAUGCCUUACGUCAGUGGAAAUGGAGUUGCUCCAAGUUGUCCAAAGUAUUGCAAUGGUACCAACAUUGAUAUUAACACUCAAAAGUACAAGGCCAAGACAUGGUAUGAAGUUGGAUCUAUUGGUGGUUUCUUUAUUAAGGAAGAGAAGAUUAUGAAUGAACUUGUUACCAACGGACCAGUUCAGACAGGAUUUUCUGUUUAUCAAGAUUUUAUGUCCUACAAGAGUGGAGUCUAUACUCAUGAAACUGGUUCCUUCUUGGGUGGUCAUGCCGUCAAGAUUGUUGGUUAUGGUAUUGAAAAUGGAGUCAAGUAUUGGUUGGUUGCAAACUCUUGGUCUGCUGAUUGGGGUUUGGACGGCUUUUUCAAGAUUAAGCGUGGAGUCAAUGAAUGUGGAAUUGAAGCUGACUGUUUUGCCGGAUUCCCAAAUCUCGAUAGCGUUCCAAACAUGUAA